AUGGAUGGGGAUCUGAGUCUGUCCCAAUCCCUGGGUGGUCUCCGGAUCGCGAAUCCAGAUGACGCCUCGUUACAUUCGUCCGAGGAUGCCACCACACCUGCCGCGAGUGCCGCUGAAGCAGCAGAAUCCGACCUGGUGCGCGAAUACACCGUGUCCGACCGACCAGCCAGCUCCCUAUCCUCCCAGAUCCUCAGGCCCUCGGGCCUUUCAUCCACCACGGACCUCCACGCCGCUCCUGCCCCCGAGCCCGCGACCAAACCGCUAGACAAUCGAAGCUCCAUCUAUUCGCCAUACGCCGACCUCUCGCAGCAGCCGAAUCCCCAGUACUCGCCCUACAUCUCCCAGCAACCACACCCGGCUCCCCAAUCCUCCUCACGCCCCGUGUCCGCCGCCUUCUACGCGAACGGUUCCACAUCGACAUUGGCAGCUGCUCGGGAAGGGUCCUACCGUAUUCGUACCGACUCCGCCGCCUCGUCCGCCUCCGAGAAUCAGGCACGUGCGGAAUCUCGCGGUGGCUCCGCAGCCUUCCAGGCCGGGGUGCCGGUGCGCGACAACAACCACAACGAUCGCUCGUACAGAACCGCCCAAUUACCGGCAGGCAAUGGACCGGUGCUCAUGCGUCAACCGUCUCGGGCCCACGCGCGGGGCGGAGGCGCGUCACAACUCGCGGGAUCUCCAUAUGCCAUGGAGAAUGGGCCUGCGGCGAGCAGUGAGGACUGGCAGGAUCGUGGUGCAGCGGUGUCGGUGAGGCAGGAGAUUGGUGCCGACGGGAAACCGAUCGCGCGAUUUAUCAAAAAGGGGGUCCGGGACUUCUCGUUUGCUCACACUCUCGGAGAAGGAUCGUACAGUACCGUGGUGCUCGGAACCGACCGUCAGACACUCAAGGAAUAUGCCAUCAAAAUCCUGGACAAACGCCACAUCAUCAAGGAGAAGAAGGUCAAGUACGUGAACAUCGAGAAGGACACCCUCAACCGACUUACAGACCACCCGGGCAUUGUCCGACUAUACUACACCUUCCAGGAUGAGCGGUCCUUGUAUUUUGUGCUGGAUCUCUGCAAGGGCGGUGAAUUGUUGGGCGUAUUAAAACGCAUGACCACAUUCGACGAGGAGUGCACACGGUUUUACGGCGCUCAGAUUCUAGACACGAUAGACUACAUGCAUAAACGCGGGGUGAUCCAUCGGGAUCUCAAGCCAGAGAACGUUCUCAUGGACAGCCAGAUGCACAUCAAGAUCACCGAUUUCGGAACGGCAAAGAUCCUCAAAGGCCCGCGGAAACCCGCCCAGAACGCGAGCGGGAUGCCCCCACUAGACUCGACGGAAAUCCCUGAGGAGGAACGAGCCAGCUCGUUUGUCGGCACGGCGGAGUACGUGAGCCCCGAGCUCUUGACGGAUAAGAACGCAUGCAAGGCAAGUGAUCUGUGGGCGUUUGGCUGCAUCAUCUUCCAGCUGUUAGCUGGUCGGCCCCCCUUCAAGGCUGGAAACGAGUAUCAGACGUUCCAGAAAAUUGUUGCGCUCGAUUAUGAGUUCCCCGCCGGAUUCCCGGCCGUGGCUCGCGAUCUCGUUGAACGGCUGCUGGUUCUGGACCCGGCUCGCCGUUUACCGAUUGAACAUAUCAAAAACCACGAGUUCUUCCAGGGAAUCACCUGGGGCCCGGAUUUGUGGAAGCGAAAGGCGCCUCGCCUGAAGGCGUAUGUUGCACCCCCUCGCGAGCCCAUCAAGCUGAACGGCGGUGGCGGCGGCAAUAGCGAAGGGUAUCCUCCGAGUAUCAAACCAACCACGUCGAACACCAAUGCGAGCUCCCGGGUCGUACCCCGAUUGGUGACCGAAUUACCGCCUCCGAGCCAGCUGGACAUCGAAUGGUCACCGGUUCUGACCAAGGCCAACGAGCGGAUUCUGAAGCUGGGCAACUUGGUGGUUCUGUCGUCCCCGGCUGCCCACAGCCCCGUCUCCCGGCAUGGAGGCGAGUACGAAGCCCCGCGGAAGUUCUCCCGCUUCUUUGGGGGCAGCACGACGAAGAAACGACAGCGACUGGUGAUGGUGACCUCCUCGGGGCGAAUCAUCAUGGCCGCGGCUGGCGGGGAGGAGAAAAAGACAAAGAUGGAGCUAUCCCUUCUGACGCCCGGCACAUCAUACCGGACCUCGUCCGAUGCGAAAGGGUACUCUUGCUGGAUUGUGGACACGCGUGACAAACAUUUUGUUUUCGAGGACCCCAAACCGUCGUCCAGCAACAUGGGGACGACCGCCGUGUCGGCCCAGGAGUGGCUGGACAGCCUCGAUCGCGCACGCGAGAUGGCCCUUUUCCAGCAGGGCAAUGGAUCCUAUUCCGACGACGCAUUCCGGGAUCUCUCGUCCGGGAUGUCGAGCCACGCCAACACCCUGGACCGCAGCUCCGAGAUCCAGCACGAAAGCGCGCCGUCGGGGCGCGCCACCCUGGUCAAGCAUCAGAACACUGAUACCGAAUCUGUCAAAGGGAGGAAGCGCUUUAGCAGGCGUCAUUCCAAAAAUGGACUGGCGGCCGUCUUCUGA